AUGACUGUGGAUAUUGAUGCAAUUGAACUGGAAGAAAUAAAACGACAAAAACAUAAAACAGUCUUGGAGACUCCAAAUGACAGCAUGAGCUGCUGUGAUUGGCUGAUGGUCGUUCUGUCGUUCCUGCUGGUGGUUCUCACUUUUCCACUCACCAUAUGGAGAUGCUUUAAGAUCAUUCACCAGAAUGAGAGGGCUGUUCUCUAUCGCAUGGGUCACAUUUGGAGAGGAAGCAAAGGACCAGGGUUGGUGUUUAUGUUGCCGUUCACCGACACCUUGAUUAAAGUCAGCACAAAACUCCUCACCUUAAGCAUCCCAUCACAAGAGGUUUUGACCAGUGACUUUGUGACGGUGAAGGUCCGUGCAGUGGUCUGUUACCGGAUCAAAGACGCAGUUAAGGCCAUGGCCAACGUCACAGAUGUGCACACUGCGACCCAGCUGUUCUCUCAGAGCACUCUGAGGAACAUACUGGGUACCAAGACUGUGUCUGAGAUCCUGGUGAACAACAAGGAGAUCACAGACAGUAUGAAGGCCAUUCUGGACUAUGCAACAGAAGACUGGGGGAUUGAGGUCCAGUGGGUGGAGAUCAACACCCUCAACUUCAAGGACCAACAGCUGCAGAAAAUUGUGGCAGCAAAGGUGAUGGCUGCAGAGGGAGAGGUUAAUGCAGCACGGAUGCUGAAGCAGGCGUCUUUGAUGAUGGGAGAUUCUGAAUCAGCCUUCAAGCUCCGGUACCUGCAGACCAUGGAAACCCUGGCAGCUGACAAAUCCAUUAAAAUCCAGAUGCCAUUCAUGGGCGGCACUUUGGUGGGGUUUGAUGGGACUGCAGGCCCAGCAAGAAUUUACUGA